AUGAGAUGGUUACAAUUUUCUGUUUUCUUUGUUUACCUUGUUUACUCAAAAGUACAGGAAAACAGGGACAAUUUAAACAUUAAAAACGUGACAAAUACAUUAAAUUUAACGAAAAUCAAGAUGAAUGUAUUGCAGAACAGUAAAGUGUAUUCGCCGAAUUGGCAAGAUCUAGAUACUCGCCCCUUACCUCAGUGGUAUGAUUCUGCAAAAAUUGGCAUUUUCGUUCAUUGGGGCGUGUAUUCUGUGCCAGGUUGUGUAAGUGAGUGGUUCUGGUAUUAUUGGCGAAAUGGUAACAGAGAAAUACACGAUUUUUUAAAAUAUUACCGUCAUGGAUUUACGUAUGAAGAAUUUGCACAAAACCUCACAGCUAAUUCUUUUAACCCCAAUAAAUGGGCAAAACUUUUCGCAAAAUCUGGAGCUAAAUACGUCGUUCUCACAGCUAAACAUCACGACGGGUUUACCUUGUUUCCAUCUGGCCGUCCAGGGAACUGGAAUUCAGUGGACAUAGGGCCUAAAAUAGACGUCGUAAAAGCUCUUUCAGAGGCCGUAAGAAGUCACAAGUUGAAAUUUGGUAUUUACUAUUCUUUGUUAGAAUGGAACAACACAUUGUUCUUAAGCGAUAUAAAAUCACAUAAUACUACAAAUGCUACUACAAAUUAUAUUGAAGACGUACUUUGGCCUGACAUCAAACUUUUAAUCAACACGUAUACGCCCUCCGUGCUAUGGGCCGACGGAGACUGGGACGCAAAUUAUUCCUACUGGAAAUCGCCAGAACUUGUAGCCUGGCUCUACAAUGAGAGUCCAGUUAAAGAUGAGAUAGUAGUCAACGACAGGUGGGGCUGGGGUACCAACUGUCAAUAUGGAGACUUCUUCAACUGUAAAGACAGAUUUAAUCCUAGAACCCUGUUUCCACACAAAUGGGAAAAUGCGUUCACUAUAGACAAGUUAUCAUGGGGUUUCAGAAGAAAUAUGAAAUCAAGUGAAGUUUUAAGUUUCGAAGAAAUAUUGGAAUAUGUUGUGUCGACAGUGAGCUGUGGUGGAAACGCAUUGAUCAACGUUGGACCAACAAAAGAUGGAGCUAUAUUGCCUGUAUUCCAAAAGAGACUACUAAAGUUGGGCAAAUGGCUGGGAAUUAAUGGCGAAGCCAUUUAUAACACCUCGCCCUGGCAUUUCCAAAAAGACAAACUCAGUAACACAGAUGUUUGGUACACUUGCAAAACUGAACGACUCCAGCGAUCGAAACUUAUGGCGCCUAUAGAAUCUGACACAAUUACAUCAAUUUAUGCCAUAUUUCUAAAAUGGCCCGUCGAUGACACAUUGAAGUUAUAUUGUUUGACUCCUUACAUAGUUAAUGAAAAUAUUACGAUUCAACUUCUAAUGCCUGACGGUAUCUAUUUCCCUGUACCUGUAAGUAAUAAUAAUGUUAAUUAUUGUGGCAGGCAACCACACUAAUUGUCUGGUUUAAAAGUAGGAAAUACCUGUACUCUAUUAUUACCCUGAACAGUGAUCGGCAAACCGCGACUCGCGAGUCACAUGCGGCAUUUUGACCUCUUGAGUG